CGUCCCGCCAGGCUCACACCGCCGCUCAUGUCAGUGUAGAUCCGCUGGAACAUCAGGUCGUCCGCCCGGCCGCCCCUCCCGUGGAGCUGCACCUCUCUCAGGAGAGUUGCAUGCAGGCAGCGCGUUGUGGACGUCCAGCUGAACAACCAGAGAGCUGCAGACACCUCCAGCCAUUCCGCUCUGCAGGACGAGGAGUGACAACCGGCUCUGAGGAUGGACUACAGGUGUGAAUGACUCCCAUCCUCGCUGACUGACCAUGCUGCUUGGGUAGCAGAGCCGACUGAGAGGAGCCCCUACCCUCUAACACUCUGCCUCCUCUGGACGCACACACACUCACACCACCCACACACGCAGACAGAGAGCCCACCCCACUGAAGCAUAACCAUGUUGAUCAAGGAGUACCGCAUCCCCAUGCCAAUGAGUGUGGAGGAGUACCGUAUCGCCCAGCUCUACAUGAUCCAGAAAAAGAGCAGAGAGGAGAGCUGCGGCGAGGGCAGUGGGGUAGAGAUCCUGGAGAACAAGCCUUAUGAGGACGGCCCCGGGGGCUCGGGGCAGUACACGCACAAGGUCUACCACAUCGGCAAACACAUACCGUCCUGGUUCUGUGCCAUCCUGCCCCAAGCAGCGCUGCGAGUGGAGGAGGAGUCCUGGAAUGCUUACCCCUAUACGCGAACCCGGUAUACAUGCCCGUUUGUAGAGAAGUUCUCCAUAGACAUUGAGACGUACUACAAACCCGACACUGGAAAUCAAGUGGAUGUCUUCAACCUGUCCUCUGCUGAGAAGAGACAGAGGACUGUAGACCCCAUAGACAUUGUUAAGGACUACAUUCCUCCGCAUGAGUACCUGGUGGAGGAGGACCCUAAGCUGUACCAGUCAGUCAAGACCAAACGAGGCCCGCUGUCAGAGGACUGGAUUGAGGAGAUCAACCAGAACCCCGGACAGAAACCGGUCAUGUGUGCCUACAAGCUCUGCAAAGUGGAGUUCAGAUACUGGGGCAUGCAGUCCAAGAUUGAGCGCUUCAUACACGAUGUCGGUUUGCGUAAGGUGAUGGUGCGAGCCCAUCGGCAGGCAUGGUGCUGGCAAGAUGAGUGGUAUGGCCUGACUAUUGAGGACAUCAGGCAGCUGGAGCUUGAGACCCAGCUGGCGCUGGCUAGGAAGAUGGCCCAAUAUAGCCUCACUGAAGAGGGGGGAACGGAGACCAAUGGCUCGUCUGCAGCCCAGGACCAGGACCAGGGGGCUGAGACUGGGGGAUCAGUCCCAGAGGCAGAAGGAACAGGAACAGGACUGGGAGAUUCACUAGAGACACGAGGGGAGCUCACCAAGCAGUGGUCAACAUCCUCUAGAUCCUCCAAUCGAUCAUCUAAGAGAGGUGGCAGUCCAUCUCAUCAGAGCAUUUCAGAAUGGAGAAUGCAGAGUAUCGCCCGAGACUCAGAAGACAGUACAGAUGAUGAGUUCUUCGAUGCGCAUGAGGACUUUUCUGAUAAUGAGGAGAUGUUUGCCAAGGAGAUCACCAAAUGGAGUUCCAAUGACCUUAUGGACAAGAUAGAGACAAUAGAAGUGGAUGAAGCGCAAGAAACCUUGUAUCAGGAGUCUGGUGGGGAAUAUGCCGUGAUGACUAAUGAGGAGACACAAAUGGAGCGGUGUGCUUCUAAAAGGCGGAGGCAUCACUCUGUCAGGGUUACCAGGCGCCCAGCAGAUGGUUCGUCUCAGCAGUGUCUGCAAUCCUCUAAGAUUCAUGUUCUCAUUCUGGUCCUGCAUGGAGGCAACAUUCUGGACACUGGCUCCGGUGAACAGAACAGCAAGCAAGGAGAUAUGAACACCCUGAGUGGGGCUUUUGAGACUGUGAUGAGGGUCCAUUACCCUGCAGCUCUAGGUCGCAUUGCCAUCCGGAUGGUACCCUGUCCUGCUGUGUGUGCCGAUGCAUUCUCACUAGUCUCCAAUCUAAGCCCCUACAGCUAUGAUGAGAGCUGCCUGUCCAGCAGUCAGGACCACAUCCCCCUGGCUGCUCUGCCCCUCCUGGCUACCUCUGCACCGCAGUAUCAAGACGCCGUGGCAACCGUGAUCUUGCGAGCCAACCAGGUGUACAGUGACUUCAUCAAAUCUCUAGAGGGAGCGUCUUUCUCUGGCCAGGUGUGUGUUAUUGGAGACUGUGUGGGAGGGAUCCUGGGCUUUGAUGCUCUGUGUAGCAGCUCGGUGACUGUGUCAGAGAGCCAGAACAGCAGCAGGCGGGGCAGCACCAUCAGUGUACAGGACACGGACCUUUUGUCCCCAGGCAUCGUCAUAAACAGCGUCUCUCCCUCCUCUCCUUCGCUGGAAGGCAGCCGCCACCUCAGCCGCAGCAACAUUGACAUCCCUCGCAGCUCUGGAUGUGACGACCACAAGAAACAACUGCCACGCAAGCGCAGCGACUCCUCCACAUACGAACUGGACACCAUCAAACAACACCAAGCCUUCCUGUCCAGUCUGCAUUCAAGUGUGAUCCAUGGGGAGCCGGGAUCGCGGCGCUCCAGUAACAGCACCAUGCUCGAGGGAGGCUCCUUGGGAAGGUUUGACUUUGAGGUGACUGACUUCUUCCUGUUUGGCUCUCCUCUGGGGUUGGUGCUCGCACUGAGGAAGACUGUGGUGCCCUUGUUAGAUGUGUCUGCUCUGCGUCCAGCCUGUCAGCAGGUGUAUAACCUGUUUCAUCCUGCUGAUCCCUCUGCCUCUCGUCUGGAGCCUCUGCUGGACAAGAGGUUUCAUCUCCUGCCUCCCUUUAGUGUCCCUCGCUAUCAGCGCUUUCCACUGGGUGAUGGAAACUCGGCUGUUUUGGUUGAGACCAUGCAGAGUAACCCUCACCUCCUGAUGGAGUCUGGGGGUGCAGUACCCCACCACUGCCAGGAGGGCACUGUCAGUGAGACCUCGAUCCCUGUGCCCAUCCUCAACUGGCAGGCCUCGCAGCCCCCUCCAGAGACGGAUGUUCUUCACUCCCACUGUGGUGUUUUUGUGGACAGCCACAGCCAAUCAUCCCCCUCACCAGGGGUCCCUCACCUUCGGAGCCACCGCAGGGCCAGUGAGGCUAGCAUAGCCAGCCAGGUGUCAGGCUUGGCUGACUCCUACACCGCCUCCAACAUUGCCACGACACACACAUGUGAAGGUGACCAGCCUAAAAGGCUCAGUCUGCUGUCCCACCUGGUUCUCCCCUACAAUAAAUUUGCCUCUCGGAGCCCGUCCCCUCGAUCACGCAAGAAAGUCCUUCCUGUGUUCCCAAGACCCAAUGGUGUGGAGUCUGAACAGAGCUCGGAUAGGAGCUCUGACAUGACCUUUGACCUGACUGAUGUCACCUCUGACAUCACAGACACCAUCUCUGCCCCCCCAUCACCAGGGUUGCUGAAGAACAUAGAGCAAGUUGCAUCUCGCUGGUGGGGCAGUAAGAGGAUGGACUUCGCCCUGUAUUGUCCAGAUGCCUUGACAGCGUUUCCCACUGUGGCUCUGCCUCAUCUCUUCCACGCCUCCUACUGGGAGUCAACAGAUGUAGUUUCUUUCAUACUCAGACAGGUGAUGAGACAUGAGAACUCCAGCAUCCUGGAGCUGGAUGGUAAAGAGGUAUCUGAAUUCACUCCGUCCAAGCCCCGCGAGAAGUGGCUCCGCAAGAGGACCCACGUUAAAAUAAGGAAUGUGACAGCUAACCACCGUGUGAAUGACGCUGUGUUCAGCGAGGACGGAGCCCAGAUGGUGACGGGACGCUUCAUGUAUGGCCCUCUGGACAUGGUCACCCUUACUGGGGAGAAGAUUGACAUCCACAUCAUGACCCAACCCCCAUCUGGAGAGUGGGUGUACUUUGACACAGAGCUCACCAAUAGCAGCGGCCGUAUCUCUUAUGUUAUUCCUGAGAGCAAAAGGCUGGGAAUCGGGGUGUAUCCUGUCAAAAUGGUGGUCAGGGGUGAUCAUACGUUUGCCGAUAGCUACCUUACUGUUUUACCGCGAGGAACAGAGUUUGUGGUCUUCAGCAUCGACGGGUCAUUUGCCGCCAGUGUGUCUAUCAUGGGCAGCGACCCCAAGGUCCGAGCUGGAGCUGUGGAUGUGGUGAGGCACUGGCAGGACUUGGGCUACUUGAUAGUGUAUGUGACCGGUCGUCCCGACAUGCAGAAGCAGCGCGUGGUGGCCUGGCUCUCCCAGCAUAACUUUCCACAUGGCAUCGUCUCCUUCUGUGACGGUCUGGUUCAUGACCCACUCAGACACAAAGCCAACUUCCUCAAAUCCCUGAUCUGUGAGGCCCAUAUGAAGAUCUUUGCAGCCUACGGCUCCACUAAGGACAUCUCUGUGUAUUCCUCCAUUGGCCUGCCUCCGUCGCACAUCUACAUCGUGGGAAGGCCCACAAAAAAGAUGCAGAACCAGUGUCAGUUCAUCCCGGACGGCUAUGCUACCCACCUGUCCCAACUGGAGUACAAUCAGAGGUCUCGUCCUGCCAAGUCGGCCAGCGCCCGCAUGGUCCUCCGCAAGGGCAGCUUUGGAUUGGGUGCAGCCGGAGGAGACUUCCUCCGCAAACGCAACCACAUCUUUCGUACCAUCUCCUCUCAACCCGGAGGAGCGGGCCCCGGCUCUCCCAACCAGCCGGGACGGACUGAGCGUACGCUGAGCCAGUGUGAUAUGGAGCGGGAUCGAGGGAUUGCAGCAGCCACCCAGAGGAGUAUGAGUAUAGCGGCGGGGUGCUGGGGCCGCAGCGGGAGCACCAAGGAGGGCAGCGGAGGGUUACUCAGCCCCAAGUAAAGCCAGCAUGGAGCUAUGGUGGGGAGGGACCAGUCUGAACCUGAGCCACCAUGAUCUCUGGAUUGGUUGUUCAAAGGUAGAGACCAGGGUGGAUGGAGAGAGGGAAUAAAGGCAUAAUGAAGGAAUGAUCCGGGUGGAAGCAGUGGGUGGGAGGGUUAUAAUGAGGGCGGUGUGGAGAUGCAAGGCAGCGGCGUAAAGGCUUAGAAGUGUAGCGUGAACAACAGGCUUGAUUGGAUUGGAGAAAACAUGAAGGGGACUGGUCCAGAAGGAGUGGAGCGAUCAGGCCAUGUGGGAUCCAGUGAACAAGAGACAAUUUUCGUGUAGCAUGACACUCUUUUACAGUAAUAAUUUUGUAGAAUACAUCACUGACCAUUAAAGAAUGACAAGGUAGGAGAAAUGAAAUAUUGUAAGCCUUAAAUAAAUCUCGUAAAACGGGACCCAGCCCCCUCUUUGUGAACAUAACGCCUACUGUACGCUGCACCGUACAAGCAUUCACACACACAAGCUCAGGACACAGUGUGGAUGUCAGGCAGAUAGCUGGUAGCCAUGGCAAGAAGCAAGGAAUUUUCAUCUCUGUUUCUGUCCCACUUUUAGCUGAGCUACACGCUAAAAACACGAUCACCCCACCCUACCCUACUGGGCAAUAAAUACCGAAAAUCCUCACAACAUAAAAUGAUAAUUAUUAUGUACCCCAAAGGAAGGAAAGAGGGGAAAGUCACGAUUAACAUCUGAGUAUGAGAAAGAAGUUUUAAGUAGACAUAUAGCGAAUCAUAAAACAUGAAGGGCAAGACAUGAAAGUACCUUGUGCUCAUCUCUUUUCACGGGACAAUUUUCUCAUUGAUAUGCUAUUUAAAUACAGUUGAUAUACAAGUUGCUACUCUGGUUCUGUUCCACCUUUUAUCGGACUCUAUAGUAUUAUUUCCUUCAGCGUGGCCUCUGGGCCAUCCAAGGCCUUAAUAUCCAAUGAGACAUUUAUUACACAGAUGGGACAGGAAGACAGAAGAGGGCAUGCGGCAUUACAGUGACAAUUUGAACUGUGUACAGUCCACAGCAACAAUCCCUUUAUAUCGUCAUCUGCUUGCAAUACCUCUGAUCCACCAGUUGGUGGUCUCUCUGUUUCCCACACGUGCUGCUUCUGGGAGACACUUGAUCCCGCGGUGCUCCCUCGCUUUUUGGCUCUUUCUUGCUCUGACGGUCCACAGCAUCCAGGAAGACCACAAAGGGCGGACAUGGUGUUUCUCCGUAAGGGCCUGGCUCUUUUCAGGCUGGACACUGGGCAGGAUGGAGACAAGACUUUCACAUAACUUUGACUCUCAGAGACCUGUAAACCUUUACAUAUUUUCACCAAAUGGACCGAGGAGUCAGGGAGAACGAGGUGAUACUCUGUGAAUGUUGGCGGGAAGGCUUAGAGAGACUUUUGCUGGUGAAUGUAGAGGAGGGGGAAAAAUCGCCGGUGUCCUCUCUUUCACUGUGCAGCAACUUAUGAGAGCAAAUAUCUUUUUGUUGCUCCCAUUUACUUUAAUGUAUAGUUUCAUACAAGGGGGAUGUAGAGGGAGAAAAAGGCCACAUGAAUACGAGAUGUACCGUAAACCUCAAAACUCCACUUGAAAAGUCCAAAAUGAAGGAUGUGCACAAACGUCUGGUUUUAUAGUGCUGAUGCCACCAACGGUCAUUAAACCCAAGACAACCUAUGAAACCUGUUGAAAGGAGAUAUGCGGAGCGGAUGUACCUCUUGCUCGCUCAUUUUACUAUGCUGUUAUUUUAUGCCCAUCUUCCACGAGCAAGAUACACUGUGUGAGAGGGAGCCUGGUGUAUCAUUGAUAAUAAUUACAUUCAGCAAGUUCUUCAAACCACAAAAGCCAAAAUCAUUAUCUAAUACUGUAGUAAUUCAACUGUGUAACCUCAUUGUUGUUUUUGCACUAGUUAAUGGUGGAAAAUAUAGUUACCAUCUCAUGUUGCUACAUAAUUAAUACCUUUGUAGUGCAUGAUACCUUUUAUUUAUUUCAGGGUAUAUGUGCUAGAAUGCACACUUAUGUACAUUUUUGUCAGGACAUGAAAAUGAUGUAAGUAAAUGUGCCAAAAAACAGUAGACAGCUUUUGGGUGAGGAGAAAUGUUUUGGCUGUAUCCAACCUCUUAUUGUAAGAGGGGAAGGGUUCACUGUACUGAAGGCAUGGCUCUGUGGAUUGACUGGAUUUUAAUUUGUGUGUUUUUGGUGACUCGAUCUUUAAGUCUAAACAUGGACUGUGGCUUUAACAGCGUGAAGGUGAACCUGUCAAGUGGGAGUAUAGGUCAAAAAUCCUGCUUAAAAAGCUGCUUGAAAAGAGUAUGUCUUGUAAAAAGAUACUUCUGCUUAGAUUUUAAUGCCACCUACAGUACAGUGGAUGUUACUGGGACGGGGUUUGGAUACAGCCAUAUUGCCCCCCUUCGGCCUAUUGGCUGUUGAUGAGUUGAAUGUCGACCUGCUUGGAUUCAUAGAGUCAAGACUGUUCAGGAAUCAUGGAUGUGUCAGUGUAGAUACUGUAAAGAUGUAUAUGUAGGAAAUUAUAUGGUUGAGAGUUAUUUAUUUACUUAAAAAUCAUGAUGUUAUUCUGGAAAUUUCAGGUGAAUUAUAUUUGAAAUAUGUAGCAUUUUGUUUGUCACUUUGGCAGUCAUCCAGACAGUUAUUCUCUGUAGGACCAACACUGAAAAGGGUUUUUUUUUUGUUUUGUUUUGUUUUUACCAGUGCAAUAUUAAUGUAUUGCUCCAGACACAGCAAGGCAAAACCACUAUCACAGCAGGGGCACAAUGUACCAUGUACAAGCUACAGGCAAUUCGCAGUAUGAAAUCACACACACAUGCACACACACACACACAUACAAACACACAGACCACCUUCAGCUCACAGUUCACACCUUGUGAAAAACAAUUUGUAUCGAGGCCACUUACUGACCUCUGCUGUCUCUUUGCAAAAGUCAACCGCUAAAGCAUUUUAUAUCGCUUUGACUUGGCUAUUUUUCAAAACAGAAAAUUUUACAAAACCUUUGGAAAUUAAUGUAGGCAGUUGUUUUUUGUUUUUUUUUUUUCAGUCAGCAGUUGGGUGCAUGACGAAGUGAAACCCCAUUGAGACAAAGCUGCUAUCUUUAAUAAGCUCUUGCAUGUCAUCCAGCCAGAUUGGAAAUACUUAACCCUCAUGCUUAACAACAAUAAAUCUGUUGUGUCAACCACAAUGUCCUUAAUGUUUAAUGAAUUACUAUAUAUCAAAAUAUACUACUGAUUAUAUUUGAGAUUAUUACAGUUAUUGCCACUUUUGGAUAGAGGAGCUAUGCUUGUAUAUGUACGCAGGUUUAUCUUCUGUACAGUUUUACACUGCACAGUCCAGUUUAACUGAUACCAUGCAACCCAGCUUCGUAUAUUAAAUAUAAUUCCUUACUGAACAUCAACAUGGGGAUGUUAAUUAUUCCACAAUUAUUGGUAAUCCUGUACAGUAGCUGUUGGCUGCUCGGUAAUCUCCGGAUAAUAAUUUGGCAUGUUUUGUAUACACAACUGUAAGGUAAUGUAAGUUUGUUACAAGACAAUAGGGUCCUGUAUCUUUAACAUACAAUAAGGUGUCAAACUGUAUAUGGUGGCAAUAAUUCAUAUACAGUAUAUUUUGGAUAUAUGCAGUGUUUGAGAUGAUAAAUCUACAAGUUUCACAAGCUCAAAUUAAAUAGUAUUCCUCUGUAUCUAAUUUUCACACUAUCCUGUUCCAGCUCUGUAUAUGGUCAUACCUUUACUGUCGUUUUACAUGGUUCAACAUCAUGUUCCUUUUAUCCUUUUAUUUCUCCACAUGACAUUGAUCACCACUGGCAGCACACUGUGUGUACUUGAAAUUUACAACGCCAACAUCAGAAUUGCUUUUUGAGGUGAUUUUGAUAACCAGUGUGUUGUUUUCAGAUAAUAGAGUAGGUACUGAUAUGUCUGCUAGUUCAUGUGUGCCCAGGCUGACGUCCGACUCCUUCUCAGCCUGGGCCUCGGCUUGCUCUAUCAUUGUCUGUACUGUGGAAUAAAUACAAUUGGACGGUA